CUUCCAUCCCCUUGUCUCAACCCAGCUGGAUCAUCGUUGUCCUUUCUCUGCGGAAUACGUUCUCUGAACAGCGUGCAAACAAACUGCCGAUUGGUACCUCGAGGCUGCGCUGAUCCUUCAAUGCGGAAUGUACACAAUGUCAUGAACGUUCCCACUAUCGACUAUCUCUAUCGUCCUCUCGUAAAGGACACCGCUGUUUGACGUAGCAUCCCAAUAUACCUCUUUUGGAGGUGUGCCCCUGAUGAAGCAAUCCGUCAAACGCGCAAGGACCAGGACCUGGAUUCUGAGGAGGGAUAUAAGCCCGGCUACGCGUUCUAACACAGCGGUUCUCUAGCCCAAGAUCGUACGUAGACAUCCUAGGUGCUCGCUUGACCCGACGAUCAUGCUCUCCCGUCUUUCCGCCGCCGUCGUGCUCAGUCUCUCCCUUCUUGCGGUCGCUAAGCCCAUUGCUGACCCGUACAGAGGGUUGUCGAACGCGCAGCGUCUGUCUCGUGGUCUUCCCAUAGCAAUGCCGAGGAACCUCCGUAAGCUAUCAAACAGAGGUCCUUCCAAAGCAUACGAGAAGCGCCACAAGCCUUCCUCGACGCCGACUUCCACCGGAUGGUGCACAACGGGAUCUGCGCAGUGCUGCGAGAGCGUUGAAUCUGCUUCCAAUCCCGUUGCGAAGACGCUCCUCGGUCUGCUUGGCAUCGUUCUCUCCGACCUAGAUGUUCUCGUCGGUAUUACAUGCUCGCCCAUCAACAUCCUUGGCUUGGGACUCGGCGAGUGCUGGGAAAAGCCCGUUUGCUGCGAGAACAACGAUUUCGGCGGCCUCAUUUCGAUCGGAUGUAGCCCUAUUAGCAUUGAGCUUUAGAUUCGUCUUCCACUGUGUAAUUUUCUUUUGGGGACACUGGUACUAGGUAGCUGUGUACGAUUUACGUCGUCAACUUGUUCGCUGUCGUGAGGCAGCACAACGAUGUAUUACACGAUUGACGAACUGAUGUAGCACUGUAUUGAAUACACACGGG